AUGUUCGGUUCUUUCCAGGCUUCUGGCAGCGAGAACAACACGGAUGCCGCAAAACCACCCAAACCACCAGUGACUCGACGUAUCACGACGAGCAAUGCAUGCGGAUCCUGUAGGCGUAGAAAAAUACGCUGCGAUGGCGCCUCACCUUGUGGCCAGUGUGAGUGCAGGGUACCCACCGAUGCUUGUCAGUACUCGAAGCCACCACCACGUGUUGUGCUGUCCAAGAAGUUGGUGGAAGACUUGUCAUCAUCUGUAGAGCAGUAUCGCUCGGUCUUCGAGCGUCUCUUCCCUGGUAGGAGUGUUGAACAAUUAGUCACCUUAUCCAAGGAGGACCUCAUCGCUGCUAUCGGUAUGUUGCCAGAGGCGAUCGAUCAUCCUACAAAGACAUCGGAGCUUGCCUCUCCAGCAUCUACCCUGGAAUCUGAGGGAGCAGAAAGCCUGGAAACACUGAUACAGGCGCCAGAGCAAGAUCCUGUUGCUGACGAGGCCACGCGACACUCAGCCAGAGUACAAGGUAUUUCUGAUGAUGUCAAUGGACUGUCCUUGUCAUUAGAUAGACCUUCUUCAUAUGUGGGUGUUUCUUCCAUCACAGCGGCUUUGAAAGUCAUCUGCAGAGUCGCUCCUGCGACGCGGAGAUUACUAGCAUCAGGUCAUACAGAAACCGCGUUACCAAGUCGAGCGGACUCGCCGUCAUCGGAUCAUAUCAGCGUAGAUACUGGAUACCUGCCUCCUGCUGAGCUUGGUCAGAUCUUGAUUGAAACAUAUUUCAGCAAGGUUCAUCCGCUUAUGCCAAUGCUAGACGAGCAACAAUUCUGGCAAACUUGGCUAUAUGGAGAGCGCAAAGAUCAUGCUUGGCUGGCUUUGCUCAACACAGUCCUAGCUCUAGGAUCAGUGAUGUUGUCAGACGGUACCAGCAUUGCUCACGAAGCCUACUAUCAACGUGCUAUGCGACUCCUGGAUCUUGACAGCCUUGGUAGCGGUAAUACGCUUGUUGUCCAAGCUUUGGGACUUUUGAGUGGUUACUACCUCCACUAUGUCAGUAGGCCGAAUUUGGCAAACAACCUCAUGGGUGCGACGCUGCGUCAAGCCACCGUAUUAGGCUUGCACAGAGAAUACACUGAUACAAACCCCACCAACGGAAGUCCAACACACAAAGCUAUGUCUGCCGAUGUCAGACGACGGACGUGGUGGAGCUUGUAUGUUCUCGACACCUGGGCGAACACGACCACAGGGAGGCCUUCAUUAGGACAGCCUAGCAAGGGUAUCACAGUUCACGUACCAGAGAUUACAGAUUUUUCGGACCCGGCGAUGAUCAAGUUCAUCCCCUUGGCACAUAACGUCGCAUUCUGUAAAAUCGCUGCUCAGAUUCAAGACGCUCUAUCUGCCACACCACUUCUAGCAUUCGCCGAGCUGAACAGACUCGACAAAGAGCUGCUACAAUGGCAUACUGAUUUACCGCCUGUUCUGAAACGAGACACAUCUUUCGCUUCUGAGAAUCGUCGGUACAAGUCGUCGAACCAGGCAAGAACUCGAGAAAUGCUUGAGACACCAAGCAUUAUUAUGCUCUGGAGAUACCAAAACCUUCGACUGUUGCUCCAUCGCCCGUACGUCCUGGCCGCCGCAUUGCGCGAUGGACAUGAGACCCCGCUCUCGGCAGAAGAGAAAGUAGGUGUUGGUCGAUGUCAGGCUGUUGCAGCUCGAACUAUCACAGACAUCAGUAAUCUGUGCCGUGAAGAUCUGCUUUCUGGCUGGAAUGGCGUCUGGUUCAUGUACCAAGCAGUAAUGGUCCCGCUCGUGUACAAGACCCCUGGGCCCUCUGAUGGAAGCAAUAUGGAAGAGUGGCGAAGUUUGGUCGAGAAAGCUCUACAUUUCUUCACGAGGAUGGAUCGCUGGUCUGCAGCAGCAAAAAAGUCUCAUGAUGUUGUAUCGCGAUUAUACGAAGCCAGUAAGAUUUUGGCGAGCGAAGGAGCCGACCAAAGGCAUCUUACUCAAGUUCAACACAUCCGAGCCAACGAUGAUCCGCUGAGGCUCGGAGCACUUGCUGGCACUGGAGCGGGCCAAACCAACACUUACGAAAAUGCUCAACUGCCCGUUCCGGACUCAGAGAUGCCUGCAGAAGACAUAUGGGGGCUCUCACCGAACGCAGCUGCUGCGAUGAACAAUUUCUGGUUGGACGACAUGAUGUGGGAUGUACCUGUCGAUGACACUGACAUAUUCGGAAACGCUGGAACUGGGUUUACUUACAGCGAGUUCGAUUGGAUGGCUGGAUCGAGCACGCAGGGUCCUGGCGAUCAACACUGGCAGUUUCAGCAAUAA